GAAGGAGAAACAGACCGUGUGGAUGCUUCACAGGCGGAAGGAGAAACGGCCAGUGUGGAUGCUUCACAGACGGAAGGAGAAACGGCCAGUGUGGAUGCUUCACAGACGGAAGGAGAAACGGCCAGUGUGGAUCCUUCACAGGCGGAAAGAGAAGCGGCCAGCGUGGAUGCUUCACAGGCGGAAAGAGAAGCGGCCAGCGUGGAUGCUUCACAGGCGGAAAGAGAAGCGGCCAGCGUGGAUGCUUCACAGGCGGAAAGAGAAGCGGCCAGCGUGGAUGCUUCACAGGCGGAAAGAGAAGCGGCCAGCGUGGAUGCUUCACAGGCGGAAGGAGAAGCGGCCAGCGUGGAUGCUUCACAGGCGGAAGGAGAAGCGGCCAGCGUGGAUGCUUCACAGACGGAAGGAGAAGCGGCCAGCGUGGAUGCUUCACAGACGGAAAGAGAAGCGGCCAGCGUGGAUGCUUCACAGACGGAAAGAGAAGCGGCCAGCGUGGAUGCUUCACAGACGGAAAGAGAAGCGGCCAGCGUGGAUGCUUCACAGACGGAAAGAGAAGCGGCCAGCGUGGAUGCUUCACAGACGGAAAGAGAAGCGGCCAGCGUGGAUGCUUCACAGACGGAAAGAGAAGCGGCCAGCGUGGAUGCUUCACAGACGGAAAGAGAAGCGGCCAGCGUGGAUGCUUCACAGACGGAAAGAGAAGCGGCCAGCGUGGAUGCUUCACAGACGGAAAGAGAAGCGGCCAGCGUGGAUGCUUCACAGACGGAAAGAGAAGCGGCCAGCGUGGAUGCUUCACAGACGGAAAGAGAAGCGGCCAGCGUGGAUGCUUCACAGACGGAAAGAGAAGCGGCCAGCGUGGAUGCUUCACAGCGGAAGGAGAAGCGGCCAGCGUGGAUGCUUCACAGGCGGAAGGAGAAGCGGCCAGCGUGGAUGCUUCACAGACGGAAGGAGAAGCGGCCAGCGUGGAUGCUUCACAGACGGAAAGAGAAGCGGCCAGCGUGGAUGCUUCACAGACGGAAAGAGAAGCGGCCAGCGUGGAUGCUUCACAGACGGAAAGAGAAGCGGCCAGCGUGGAUGCUUCACAGACGGAAACAGCAAGUGCAGAUGGUUCACAGAAGGAAAGAAAAACAGCCAGCGUAGAUGCUUCAGAAACAGCCAGUGCAGAUGCUUCACAGACGGAAAGAGAAACAGCCAGUGCUGAUGCUUCGCAGGCAGUCGGAGAAACCGUUGGCUCAGAUGCACCCCAGACUGUGGAAGAAACAGGCAAUACAAAUGCUUCACAGACUAAUGGUGGAACAGACAGCACAGACAUACCUCUGGACAUGGGAGUAGUGGAUGCCGAUGAUGAGAUGGAGGUCAAUGCUAUCAAAGUGGAGGAGGAACAGAUGCAGGAGGAACACAACUUGGAGGGGAUGCCUGUGAUAACUGCUGUGGAAGAGGGAAGCGACAUGGACGCUUUUAGCAGCAACUCCCUGGAUCAUGGGGAUGAAGUGGAGAAGAUGGACACCGGGACAGAUGCACUGACAGAGAAGCAACGAGAGAAGCCCAGUAAGACCGGGCAAGUGGACAACACUGAUUCCAUGCCUUCUAUUGUGGAUACAGAGGACACCAAGCAACCUGCUGAGCAGACCAGCUUUGAGGAGGCUAGCGGUUCGUCUCCACCUAUGGAGGGGGACCAUUCUGAAGAUGUCAAACCAUUUCACCCCAGUCCCACCUCUAGCGAAGCUUUUCUCCCACAGAACAGUAAAGGCUCUGACAGUCCUGCAGGGCUGGAAAAUGGAGUGACAGGACAGCAAGUCAAAGUUGUGGAUUCUGCCCAGCCGACAGCAGAGCCUGUGUCCACCAGCGUUGACACCCUCUCCAUGGUGAAUGUGAAGGAUGAGCCAGUAGAUGAGGAGUAUGACCAGGCCCUGGCUCCAGUCGUCCUCACAGAGGGCGUCAAGGAUGAACCAGACGCAGCGGAGGAGUUGAAAAUCAGUAACGUCUUCUCUGUGGGCGGCGGCCCUACCCCAAUCGCCACAUCCAUACCAGUGACCUCCCUCUCCAAGACUGUAAUGCCUCCCUUGACCCCGGCCGCCGCCUCCAUCCCUCCGCUGAUGCCCAUGGCUAUGCGGGUGGCCUGCUCGGCCUGUAACAAGGUGUUACUGAAGGGCCAAACAGCCUACCAGAGGAAGGGCUCCUCUGACCUCUUCUGCUCCACGUCCUGUCUCACCUCCUAUAGUCCCCCGUCUGUCGUCAAGACGACUGCCCCCUGCCCAGCCAAGAAACCCUGCCACUACUGCCUCAAGGAGAUUGCAAACCCCAAGGACGUGAUCACAGCUCCUGUGGACACCAUGGGCACGGUGAAGGACUUCUGUAGCCAGACCUGCCUCUCCUCCUUCAACUUCAAGAGGAACUCUGCCGUCUCCACCCUCUCCUCCUCCCUCUCCACCAUGACUGGGGCCGUCAAGUGCAGCAUGUGCAAAAAGGCCUGCAUUAGUAAACACGAGGUGAUCUUCCAGGGCAGCAUGCACAGGCUGUGCAGCGAGGUGUGCUUCACGCGCUUCCGCUCCACCAACAAGCUGUCCAUGAACAGCUGUCAGAGCUGCAACAACUACUGCUAUGGCAAGGUCACCGUGCUGGUCAUGCAGGGGGUCAAUAAGACCUUCUGCAGCGCCGGCUGUGUCACCACCUUCAAACAGAAAGCUAAGAAGUCUGUGGCAUGUACUAUGUGCCGCAACUUCCGCGCACCGGUGGAGAUGGUCGACAGCGCCGACUCUGAUGGCAAGCUGGAGAUGUUCUGCUCUACUGGCUGUGUUACAGCCCACAAAGUACAGACCGUCAGCUCCUCAGGUGCUCAGGUAGAGUGCAACACCUGUGGUCAGAAGACGGUGCCCUCCUUCCACCUGGCCAUGUCGGACGGCUCCAUCCGGAACUUCUGCACCAUGAACUGUGUUGUCACCUUUCAGGAUCAGUUCAAUAAGAGCAACUCCCAGAGCCAGAUGAACGUGACCCCGGGCACAGGGACCACCGCUCCCCCCGCGGCCCCGGGCCAGACCAGGGACAGUGGAUCCCAAGGGACCAGACUGCCCUGCUUCCAGUGCCACCGCCUCUUCUCCUCCAAGCCCGAGCUCAUUCAGUUCAAGGAUAAGAUGGUAUUCCUCUGUUCAGUAAAUUGCUCCGAGGAGUACAGAAAGAUCAACUAUGAGAUGGCGCGCUGCGAGUACUGCAAGAUUGAGAAGCCAGCCAAGGAGGUCAAGAGAAUCAACAAUAGGGACUACACCUUCUGCAGUGAAGGCUGUAAGCUGCUCUACAAGCACGACCUGACCAAGCGCUGGGGGAAACACUGCAGAACCUGUGCCUACUGCGCCUCUACCGCGCAGGAGGCCGUCACGGGCCAGUACGGAGGCAGGGUGGAGGAGUUCUGCUCGGAUGAGUGCAAGUCCCACUACACCCUGCUCUUCUGUCAGGUGGCCAAGUGUGAUGCGUGCGAGCGCCAGGGGAAGCUGAUUGAGACCCUGCCGAUGCUGGGCGAGGUGAAGCACUUCUGCAACCUCCAGUGUCUGCUCGACUUCUGCAGCCUGCAGACCCAAAACCAGGGCAAGCCCCAGGGCCAAAAGGUGGCCAUCUCAAUUGCUCAAUCCCCCUCCAAUACUACCACUGCUACGAGCGUGUCUGAUCCCGUCAUCGCCAACGUAGUCUCACUAGCCAGCUCCCCCAUUGGCCAGCCCAACUACACCACUGCUCUGCAAGGGUCUGUUCCAAGAAGACAUGUGAAGUAUGUUGGAAAUGCCAGCACACAGACUCAGGCCCCUCGUGCCCCUCCACCCAAGGUUCAGAAGAACAAGGCACUACUCUGUAAACCUAUGGUCCAGAACAAGGGCAUCAUGUGUAAACCCAACUUCACCACCUCAGGGUGCCAGACAGAUGAUAAUUUCCCCAAGGUGAUCGUAGUGCCUGUCCCAGUACCGGUGUAUGUUCCAGUCCCCAUGAACCUGUACACCCAGUACGCCCCCCAGCCUGUUGGACUCCCCAUACCGCUGCCCGUGCCCAUGUUCCUGCCGGUGACUCUGGACAACGCAGAGCGCAUCGUGGAGACCAUCCAGGACAUCAAGGAGAAGAUCCCCUCUGACCCGUUUGAGGCAGACCUCAUCCUCAUGGCCGAGAUGGUAGCCGAGGAGGGGAGGGAGAAGUCCCCGCAGCGACCCCCUGAAAGGCCAGCCCCAGCAGUACAAGAUGACCAGGGAAGCACUUACAGUGGAGACCUGGACACAGAAGAAUUGAGUAACUUCCUCACCUCUUGGCACGACGAGCCACCUCCCACCCCCGGCGUCUCCUCGCGCCACAGUCGACCCUAUGCCCACGAGACACUCCGACCCAUCAUGGACAUCCACACCCCCAUCACACCCCCACCCCCAAUCAUGGACAUAGAGGCUGACUUCCCUGUCGAAACCCUGGAGCUGAUGGCCCAUUGGAGGGAUCAGGAGAGGGAUAGAAGUCCCAGUCCUCCACCUUCUCCUCCACGACGAAGAGCCAGAAGGAAAGCUCGGGAUGGCUUGCCACAGAAGAAAAAGAGGCGUAAGUCGAAAGCAGCAGAGACUGUGUCAGUGGUGGCGUCACUGGGUGAGGCGCAGAGUGACGUGGUGCCCGGCGAGCCCCCUAAACUGCAGCACAUGUACGGGGUGGACGCCUGGAAGAGAUGGGUCCAGUGGAGCAAGACCCAGCCUGACCUGGAGAAGCCUCGAUUUGGCUCGCGACCAAUGGAGAUAAAAGAGGAUGUUUUAAAGUGCACUACAGCAGAGCUGGGCUACGGUCUCUGUCGGUUUAUUUGUGAAGUCAAACGACCCAACAGAGAGUCCUACAGCCAGGACAGUCUGUUCUAUCUCUGCCUCGGCAUCCAGCAGUACUUAUUUCAGAAUGGGCGCAUGGAGAACAUAUUCACUGAUCUCUUCUAUGGCAAGUUCACCCUGGAGAUCACCAAGCUGCUGAAAGGCUUCAAACCUACCAUAACGGCCAGUGGCUACCUGCACUCGCGGGUGGAGGAGGAGUACCUGUGGGACUGUAAACAGCUGGGGGCCUACUCUCCCAUCGUGCUGCUCAACACGCUGCUCUUCUUCUGCACCAAGUUCUUCCAGUUCAAGACGGUGGCCCAGCACCGCCAGCUCUCCUUCGCCCACGUUAUGCGCUGCACCAAGUCCAUCCACGACAACACCAAGUCCAACUUCCUGCGCUUCUACCCGCCCAUCCCCAAGAAAGACCUAGCUACUGAGACAGCAGCGGAUGUAGAUGGUGUGGCAGCGAAGAGGAAGAGGGAUGACGAGGAGAAGGAGGUGCUGGAGAUGAUGGAGAACAGUGAGAAUCCCCUCCGCUGUCCUGUCCGAUUGUACGAGUUCUACCUUUCCAAGUGCUCGGACUCGGUAAAGCAGCGCACCAACGUGUUCUUCCUGCUCCCGGAGCGCUCGUGCGUCCCCAACAGCCCCAUGUGGUUCUCCUCCCAGGGCCUGGACGACCACACCUUGGACACCAUGCUGACACGCAUCCUCACCGUCAGGGAGAUUCAUCUGGGAGACCCCCAGAGGAACAAGCCCCAGUCCAAGGACCCUGAGUGGGUCCCCGACCAACACGACGACAACUCGGAUUGACCAUGAGGACUGGUACACACACACACGCGUACAGUUAUAAGCUUUUGUUUACACACAAACACUACGUGUUGAUCCGUAAGGACUCCUAGGAUCCACCUUCAGCCGUGUGUGAAGAGGAGUGGGUUCACACAGUUCUAGACUGAGACGGUGUCAUGUACACACAUUGUGUAGGAGAUGUGUGUACAUGCAAAUUAUAAACAGAUGCUCAACUGCUCAAUGGAGCCACUGUUCAUGCUGUCUGGUCACUACAAGGCAAAUGGACGGGAAAAAGUAGGAGGAAUCACUUUAAGAACUGCUAUACUGCCUUUGUCAGCAUUAUUGUGGUCGUAGAGAAAAACAAGUCCGGUUAACAAGCUAUUUUCAAGUUCUUUAACGUCACCAUAGGAGAGAGACGAUGCUCUCCAGCCCUCUUCAACAUGGACUCCGAUUGGGAGAAUGGUCAAAAGCUUAAAAGCUUUUAAGAAUUUGGGAUCCCAUAUCUGACCAGGUCCUGUACUGCUGAAUUCAAUAUUCCCUGUCUUUCUUUAUUGGGUCACUGCAGAAAUUACAAUGGAUUGAAAUGAAUGCCAGUGAUUGCAAUGUCAUUCAGCCAUGUCAGCGAAGUUGUUUGAGAUUUUGUGUGUUAAAGGGAUUAGCCUCGUUGUUUUGGGAAUGAGAUGAUAAUGUACGAACAACGAGUGAUAAAACUUGCUAUCAGUGGUGUUGUCCAUUGCCUACUAAAAUUGAUGGCUGGCAGACAUUCCUUGAAUUGACUGUUAUAUUGAGUCAUUUCAACUUGUUAAAAUGCUUGAUGUCAGUGCCCCUACACGCAUGUAUAAUGUUGAAGGAAAGAAAUGUCAUUCUGUGUUUCCUUAUGUAGAACACUUGUGAUGUCAGGAAAGAGGACGUAGAAUCGUUUGUUCAUUUGGAAAGACAAGCAUUUACCUUGCAAGUGCUCCCCAUACUAGUUCAAAAUUGCAUUGAUUUUGUUCUGAGAAACUUUUUUUUAAUCAAAUAUUUUUAAAUAAAUACUGAAAAACAAA